UGGGCUAGAUUUUCGAUUCGGAUUUUGCCCACUUUUUGUCAGGAACCUUUUAGGGGACUAUGAAUCCACUGCAUACACUGCAUGGCCCGGCUUCGUUGGAUCAUUUGAGGCCUGGGGAUUUCACGACCCGGGCGGGUCUGGAGCAUUUUGUGUCCCCGUGGGAAGUCAGAAAAUAACCAGAAUGUAGCUGGACUCAUGACGUGACAGACAGAUGUCGGGAACUUCGUCCCUGAGAGAUCAAGAAAAAAAUUAAUAUGAAAUAGAUCUUUUUGUUGAAACGGCGAUUGUUCUGAGAAUGUUUACGUCGGAAUUCUGAGUGGUAAAACAGAUUUUUAUUAUACUAAAAAGAAAUCGUUGUCCGAACUUGGAUGAAAGAUUGCAACUCAAGCAGUGAGCAUUUUGUCUUGCCAUAGUCUGAGAAUAACGACAACAACGAAAACAAUAACGACAACAACGAUUACAACAACGUCGACGACAGCAACAACAAGAGCAACAACAGUAACAACACCAACAACUUCAAACUUGAUCAAAUCCUUUUCCCAUCAUUUUGACAUGCGGAAGAAAACAUAGGCACCUCCGGCUGAUUUGGUCGUGCACACUGAAGUCGGAGACAUUCAAUAAAUGAGCAGAUGGACCUAACAGCCACUGUGUCAUCUGUUUCCAUGAUCCUCCCCUGCCGCCCAGUCUCAUGUGACUCACGCUGACCACCCGGCUGACCCUGCUGACGUCAUCAUGGUGAACGAGUCCGUGUACGUGGCUGUGGCCAUCGCCUGUGUCGUCGCUCUGCUCCUCGUCGCUGUCCUCAUCAUCUACUGCAUCAAGAAGCACCAGGACAAAGAGAUGAUGAGACAGGCGCAGGAAGAACGGGCAAGGAGGGAAAGGCACAGGAGACAGCUCAUGAGGUCACAUAUUGUAAGACCUCCCGCUUACGACCCGAACCGGCGAGAAGUUAUACCGUACGACCGAGAACCCGUCCCGUACUCCCCUCCACCUGCUUACAAAGAGAUGGCCACGCCCACUCCGCCGCGAGAGACACAGACUGUCGGGAUAGGAGGAGGGACGUACCCGCCUCCUGUGUAUGAGCCCGUGCCCACAGUGUCUCGCAACGUAGCCCCAGCAGCCACAGUGUACAGCAACAGCCACAACUACAUGACGUCAUAUACAACCGCCAACUCCAACAUGCCCAGCCACCUCAACAGCAGUGGUAAUCACCAACAGCUUCGUAACAUCAACAGCAACAGCAACAGCAACAGCAACAGCAACAACUACAGUAACAACGACAACAACAACAGCGCUCUCAACUUCAGCUCCCAGCCCACCCACACCCAGUCGGCGCGAGAAUUGUCUGGUGCCGUGCCUUCCACGAUAGUUGUCGCCCCUUCCAACCCUAAUCGUGCGUCACUUCCUGCAGAGAGAAGGAGACCCCAGUCGAGAACUCUCCGACUCGUCGACGCAGCAGAUGCUCACAAUAAUAACCGUUACGCCAACACAUCAAACAGAAACGGGAUUAUUCUGUCUGUUAACUCAUCUAAUGUUCAAAGAAUGAACGCUGCAAACCAACAAUAUACCGAGGAAAAUUCCUCAGCCUUUCAGCGACGCAAUAACGUGGAGCCAAGGCAAUCUCAGAACUACGCCACUUUGAAUCAUAGCCAGUCCAGGAAUGCCUUUUCCGUGGACACGGGUUCCGCUUCCACUCAAACUGGACAGCCUAACCCUUACGCAGCUCAAGUAGCAAACGCCGAAACUAACUACAGCAAUCUGAGAAAUAAUUAUUCCCAUACCCGCACUAGCCGUGCCAUUGAAGACUUAUCCCUGAUUUAAAUAUGAAAAACGCAUUCAAGUAGUCUUUACCGUAAUAAUGAAGGAAUUGUCGUAAAAAGAUGAAAAAUUUCAGGAAUGCUGCGUUUUAAGUCUUGAAAAAAUCCAUGAACAGUUUUCUUGCAUACGAGGGCAGUGUUAAAAAAAUCCCCCUGCUGCACGACAAUGUUCCAAUGCACAAAGUAAGGUGUGAAAACAACUGAGACUGCAAAGCAGCAUGGGUACGAAAUUCUACCGCAUCCACCCUAUGCACCCUCUAACUUUUUUUUCCAAAUCCGAACAAAAAAAAUCAAAUGGCAGUGAUGAAGAUGCUAUAUCUGCAGUGGAGGAAUGGUUUGUGUCCCAUUCAAGGUCACGUUAUGCUCAAGGACUUUUACAGAUAAAACAAAAUGGCAAAACUCUCUCUUCGAAGAUGGAUUUUGUAGAGCAGUAGCAUUGUGAGUGUCAAUGUUCAACUUUCUAGUUUGGUCCUUUCAUAGUCAGGAUAAAAGCUUAACGAACGCCCUUCGUACAUUCGGAAAUGGCCUAGACGGUCAUCCAUAGUCCGGGAGAAAAGUCCUAGACAGGCUAAUCUCUCGGACAGUGUUAUUAUGAUAAAGGAAAAAAAUCAUAAGAGGAUAAGUAAAAAGUGGUAGUUUGUACAAGUAAUUGUCUUGGACAGGUAAUGGUUCGAACGGGUUCGACUGUGUUUCUCUGGGUUGGAACGAACUCCUGAGCCCGUCCAGAUACACGUUUGGCCACUUUUGCAUGCACGAGGUCAACAUUCAGUUCAAGCACCACAUUUGAAACGUAAAGUUUUGGGAGGUUUUAGUGUUUGUUUGUUGUUGGGUUUUUUUUCAAAUCUAGAACCUUGACUAGAGUGCGUGCUCGUAACCAAGAGAUUAUAACUGUAUUCCAUCGAUUCUGUUCAAAUCACUUAAUUCAGAAGUAUUGUACAUGGUGCCAGUCUAUGUCUGAGGAACAGUGACCGCUUCCAGGAAUUCAGCGGUAUCAGAAGCAACAUUGUCCCAACCUAGACUACUUUGCACACAAGUAAAUCGCCACAAGCUCACUGGUCGUACAAUGUGCUCCCAAACUCACUCAGACAAUCAUGUCGUUUAACAGUUCAGCUAUAACAUUUCUCUCGUUGCUGCUCGGUCUUUGUUCAAAAAUCUGCUUGAAAAGUAAUUAUAACGGGCACGUUAUUUCGCUCAGUUAGUAUAGUCUUAGUCUUACGUUAUGUGCAGAUGAUCCUGCCUUGAAUCCCCAGAGGAACAUUCUCGAAUUUGGGAGUGGGGGUGGUUAGUCUGAAGACUCUAAGCACCUUUGAUUAGGUCCUAUCGGAGAUUGACGUUAGAUUUAUCUUACAUGUAAUACGGAAAGAGAGGUUAAAUCUGUUUAAUACACUCCAGAAAUGUUAUUGUAACCAUGUUUUAAUACUAUGUCUAACAAAUAGCAUUCACAUCAAAUGCCUCUACAAUUGUACUGCUUUACUUCCAUUUUAAUGGUCCAACCGUUUAAACCUCUAACUCUUCGGAUUUUACAUUUCCCCUAACAACUUAGAGCCGUGUCCCACGAAUAUGGUGAUAUAAAUCAUUCAGCCACGAGAUGAAUUACUGUGCAAGAAAUUGUAUUUUUUUUUACUUUUGACGCACGUUCGAUCUCACAAAAGGCGAGUGAAAGUAUAUUGAAAGUAUACAAUAACAUUGAGAACUCCUACUGAACUGAUGCCAGUCCCAAACGAACUUGUCUGGCCCUUCUUUCAAACGGCGUUGAAGUUGAAGGAGGGAAGCAAUUACCGACGAUAGUAUUUUCAAAGUUGUUUUUUUUAAAUGUAUUAUUAUGGUUAUGCGUGCUUAUUUGAGAACUGUUUGAUCUGAAUUUGGCAGUGUCUUUCAGAUAGAACGCUGUGGGGCAAUUGUGCAACAAAAAGUAGUAACAUGGCAAUGUUGUCCACGCAGUUGUGCAAGUGCCUACUAUGCAAAGAUAUAUGACUAUUUUUUUCAGUACUUCA